AUGUCGACUACAUCUUGGGAGUAAGGCAUUCUUUUUGACCAUUAAUCAGCUAUAUACACAGGAUUUUAUUUUUUUAUUUUUUAGCUUGAUGUUUGUGGCCACAUUCCUCAUUAUCGUCUUGGUAAUUGGCCUUUGUUUCUGGGAAAAGUACAACGAACGCCCAAGAGGCACUGACAGUCUUCGAACUGAUUGCAGUAGGUUUAUUCUUGCGCGACGAUGAUGUAACAGUUCGCGUGAAGGUAACGAUUUUGCCGUUUCAGUGACUUUGUUACCGCCAGAGAAGAUUCACCACAAAUUAACCGUCUGUCGCCUUCCUGAGGGCUUUGUACCUCCGGUUGUUACGGUAGAAGAUGAACAGAAACCUGUGUAUGAACUAACGGUGGAACAACAAAGCUAA